AGCAGCCAUUAUUGUCGCCGACUUCCCAAAGAAUACUGUUGUUAACAGAACCCUCUGACACAGUCUGCUAAUAUCCCAACUUUAACUAAUCCAAUGUAGAUUCCUAUAUGAUUGUCGCACCCCACUGCGUUUAAACUAAUUAACGCUUCACCAUGUCAUCAAAGGAUUCCAAGGCAAGGAGAAGCGAGUCAAGUAGUCGAACAGAUGAACGAAGGCGGUCCACGAGUAGUGGGGGAGACCGCCACAAGCGGAAACGCAGUCGAAGCAGAUCGUCAUCAAGUUCAUCCUCAUCAUCAUCUUCCUCGUCGUCCGAUUCGUCAUCCUCGUCUUCUUCAUCGUCGUCUUCCUCAUCUCGCUCUUCCUCCCGCAGCAGAAGUAGCAGUUCUAGCAGCAGAGAUUCUCACAGCAAGUCAAGGAAGGCCCCAAAGAAAGUGAAAAAGGAGAAGCACAACAAAAAGAAGGGGAAGAAGGAGAAAAAGAACAAAAGAAAAAAGGACAAAAAAUCCAAAGUAGAGGAGGAACCUUCUGGACCUGUGCAGAUCUCAAAGUACCUAAAAGGGAAAAAGAAGGGCAAAUUCAGCAUGAUCUCAGGGAGGAAGAUCAAAAUGAAAGUGAAGAAGUCAAAGAAAGACAAGCAGAUGGACAAGAAUCGUGCCGAGCUGCUCGAGUUCCUCAAUUCCACAUUAUAACAGGCAAAGAUGUGGGCUUCGCUCCCAUAAUCCUCCUCUUUGUGCCUGUGGCCAGGAUCCUCCCCCUUGUGACCAAUCGCAAAAAUACUCAGGGAAAGGCCAUCGUUCUAUUGGCAUUCUGUGUGUGAUUAGCGAAAGUGUCACAAAAAGCAUUGGAGUCUUGGAUGCCUGUCUCUACUACGUACAUGGUGGGGCAAAUGGUGUGGCAGCUGGGGUGCUGUGAACUAUGUCUCUCUCUGAAACAAAAGAACACAGUUCUUAUGUAUUAGACUUGUCAGGGUAUAAAAUGUGCGUCCUUUUCAAUGGGAAUUUCCCCAAAGGUUAAAUGCAACAGCCGGUUGUUUAAAAAUGAAAAUCCUUUUGUUAGUCUGUUUUUAUUAUUGCUUUAGAGGAUAACAAAGUUCCUGUACGUCUAAUAGAAUUAAAUAUAUUUUUUAUUUGAAAACCAUUCCUAUUGUGGAUUGAACAUGCUGUUGUGAAAGUGGAUCUGUCACAGACUCAUGAGCCCAAAACGGGGAGUUGUAAAUGGUGCAACAUUUUUUUUUUUAAAACCAUAUUGUGAUACUAGGCUUCCUGGUCCUGCUGGUGUGAACUCCGAUCCGUACAGGUGCCGCUGUGGUCAACACACCACUGUUCAUAGGACCAUAUACAAGUUGACUAUGGACUCUUCAGCACUGGUUGGAAAUGGUUGUGUAAAUCGGACAGCACAAUAAACCAUCUUCCACA